AGAACUUUUGUUUCUUGGAACUCACUCCAUCUCUCCCCUUCUCUCUGCAGAAUUCACAAGAUCAACCAUGGCCGCAUCAGCGAUGGUUCUCGACCUAAAGCCCUCGUCGUCGGACCCACCGCCUUCGAUCCCUUCUUCUAAGGCCGACCUUUACGGCUUUUCCGAUCAGUUCAUCUUCUCCGACGAGGAUGAUCUCUAUGGACGCCUCAAAUCCCUUCAGCGCCAGCUUGAGUUCAUUGAUAUUCAGGAGGAGUACGUGAAAGACGAGCAGAAGAACUUGAAACGAGAGCUUCUCCGAGCACAGGAGGAGGUGAAGAGAAUCCAAUCGGUUCCGCUUGUUAUUGGUCAGUUUAUGGAGAUGGUGGAUCAGAAUAACGGCAUUGUCGGAUCGACGACCGGCUCGAAUUACUAUGUCAGAAUCCUUAGCACUAUUAACAGGGAGCUCUUGAAGCCUUCGGCGUCGGUGGCGUUGCAUCGCCACUCGAACGCCCUUGUCGACGUGUUGCCGCCCGAAGCCGACUCUAGUAUCUCUCUGUUGAGUCAGUCUGAAAAGCCUGAUGUAACCUAUAAUGAUAUUGGAGGAUGUGACAUUCAAAAGCAGGAAAUCCGGGAAGCUGUGGAAUUACCUUUGACACAUCAUGAGCUAUAUAAACAGAUUGGCAUAGAUCCUCCUCGAGGAGUAUUGCUUUAUGGUCCACCUGGCACAGGUAAAACAAUGCUUGCCAAGGCUGUUGCUAAUCAUACGACUGCAGCCUUCAUAAGAGUGGUUGGUUCAGAAUUUGUUCAGAAGUAUUUGGGUGAGGGUCCAAGAAUGGUCCGUGAUGUUUUUCGUCUAGCCAAAGAGAAUGCUCCUGCAAUUAUAUUUAUUGAUGAGGUGGAUGCUAUUGCUACUGCUAGGUUUGAUGCCCAAACUGGUGCUGACAGAGAAGUUCAACGAAUCCUUAUGGAACUCCUGAACCAGAUGGAUGGGUUUGACCAAACAGUGAAUGUAAAGGUAAUAAUGGCAACUAACCGAGCUGACACCCUAGACCCUGCACUUCUGCGUCCUGGAAGGCUUGACCGGAAAAUUGAGUUCCCUUUGCCUGAUAGACGUCAAAAGAGGCUUGUUUUUCAGGUUUGCACAGCAAAGAUGAACUUAAGUGAUGAGGUUGACUUGGAAGACUAUGUAUCUCGGCCAGAUAAAAUUAGUGCUGCUGAGAUCGCGGCAAUUUGUCAAGAAGCAGGAAUGCAUGCUGUUCGCAAGAAUCGGUAUGUUAUACUUCCAAAGGAUUUUGAGAAGGGGUACCGGGCAAACGUAAAAAAGCCUGACACGGACUUUGAGUUUUACAAGUAAAGCGUUGUGGAACUGGAACCAACCACCACAUGGAAUGGAGGAGAACAUUUGGAUACUUGUGGUAUAUUUGUAAACAUUUGCAGACGCAUAACUUUUGGAGUUGUAGUGGAUGCGGACUUGCUUUGUAUUUAUUAUUACCAUCAUACCAUGUUUACUUACCUUCCCAACUCCCAAGUGUUGAAGCUCUAUAAUUGUGCCUCGUACUCAUUGCAGGCAUUUCCCGCUCUGAAUUGUUUAAUUAUGUUUUAUUUUUAAUCAA